ACAACUCCUGCGAGGUUGUUGCUACCUGACCUGGUGAAGAUCUGUGUGCAUGUGGCAAGAGGCUGUUGCUACUUACAGGACAUGCACUUUGUUCACAGAGAUCUCGCGGCCAGAAACUGUUUGGUCUCCACCAAGUCUCCGGCAGACAUGACAGUGAAGAUCGGAGACUUCGGUCUGGCCCGGGACAUUUACAAACACGACUAUUAUCGUAAGGAAGGGGAAGGACUUCUGCCCGUGCGCUGGAUGUCACCGGAGUCUUUGGUGGAUGGCUUCUUUACUACCCAGUCUGAUAUCUGGGCGUUCGGUGUGCUCAUGUGGGAAGUGAUCACCCUGGGCCAGCAGCCCUAUCCAGCCCGCACCAACAUUGAUGUCCUGCACUUUGUACGAGACGGGGGGAAGCUGGAAAGGCCGGAGAAAUGUGCUGAUGAAAUGUACUCUCUCAUGCGCCAGUGCUGGAGUUUCAACGCAGACAACAGACCCAGUUUUGCGACUCUAUUGGAGCAGCUGGAAUUGUUCCAAGAGAAGUGUGCCAGCAUGAGCCCUGAGGAGAUCGCCCAGCUGUCGCCGACUGUAGCCGAUGUGAACAUCGAGGCAUGCGGGUCCUGCAGCGGGGAGGAAGAAGAAGAGGAGGAGGAGGAGGAAGAGGAGGAGAACGAGGAGGAAGCGGAAACCAGGGGUCUGUUCACCCCAAAUUCUCGAACCAUCACAGGGGGUGGCUCGGUCAGGCUCACACAGGCAGGGAAAGUGAAGAGACUCACCGACCUGCUCGGCGACAAGGAAAAGCAAGUGAUCGACCUUACCAAAAUUGGCAGGAAGCGAACUCAUUCGCUUGACUCCGACUCCAAGCAGUCGUCACAGUACGAGGCAAGCCCGUCCCACGGUCGUGAACAUUAUUUCCCAGCGGCCCGCGAGUACGACCACCACGGAUACUUAGAGCCUCGCGGAGCCAAAGGAGGCGGGCGCUACCUGGAGCUCGUUAACUACGCCCCUGAACUUCGUGAACUACGUGACCCUUACGGCAACCCUUUGACCUCUCACUCAGGCUCGGCCUUCACCCCCGUGCACAUGACCCGCAAGGGGUACCACCCCUCCAGUGUGAGCUACCCGCUCCUUGCCCCGGAAGAAGAAGCGGAGGACGCCCAUUGUCGGGACGAGAGAGACGGGGCAUACGGCACCGUGGACUACGGCACGGCUGCCUCGGAUAUAUGUGGCGGUUACAGAGUGGAUCUCAGUGGCUCGUCCUUGAACUACCCUGGCUCGUCCCGGCUGAACAACUCUGGUCCGUAUGGUUUGGUCUCGGUUGAGGAAACGCCGCUGUACUCUCAAGUCAGAGACGCGCGGCGCCAUCACUCCAAUGACUCGUCCUAUCUCCUGUACGGCGACCCCAUGUACUCCGGCCAUCACCCCGGGGAGGCGGCUGGGGGUUACCCUGUCAGCUACUCCAAGCCAGGCGGAGGCCCACCUCGAAAGUUCUCAGACCAAGAUCUCUACGACAGCACGGCUCAGUACCGCAGGCGCCCCACCUCCUUUGGUUCCUCCAGUUCAGAUCACCACUAUACCUCGCUAGAGUGUAACAACAACAACAGCAACAGUAACAACAACAACAACAAUAGUGGUGGGUACGCAGCCUGUAACCCUUACCGCGGCCACAAUAGCUACGACGAGCAUGGAGCGGUGCGCAGAAAGUCAGGAGGUAGCACCAGCAGCAGACGCAGUUCGGGCAAGAACCAUAACUACGCCAAGCCCGGCCUGGGUUAUCAGCCCCCGCCCACGUCCGAGCACUCUCUGUCCUCGCAACUCACCAGCAACAAUUCCAAAGUGUCGCCGGGGGGCAGAGACGCGUGGGCAAACAGUAACUUAGACGAUGUGUUCUUGGACAGUGAGCCGGCCGUGGAGUGCUCUCCUCCCGCUGUGCGAGCCGGAGAGUUUCUGAACUACCAGGGCCAGAGUCACCACAAUCCCCGGUCACGGGCUCAAGUGUUCCCGGAAAACUCCACAGCUGUAGUUGGCUAUGAAAGUGGUCAGGUUAGUUUAGUGUGACCAGUGGGCAGUAGCUUGAACAUGCCUCAGGACUUGGGAGAGAUAAGUGCUCAGAUUCAGAUGUGUUCAUUUUUCACCGUGAUGGGAGAGAGACAAGGACUAGCUUUCCUCAGAUAUGGAGUAAUGGAGUGUGUGUUGUCUCUAAGCUAGUCUUCUUGGCACACAACAAAACUCUCCAGACUGUGUUUUGGUCUGUCACAAAUCAAGACAAUCAUUGACCUUUCAGUUUUUCAUGACUUUGUGUCCCAAGAGUUGAUUCUCUCUUGGCUAUAGUUUUCAUUGUUUUGCAUUGAUGGUGAUUUUUUUAUGUUAGAUACCCGUUCCACAUUGGCAAUCAAACCUGUUUACUUCGCUGUCUACUGAUAUGAUUUGAAUAAAUAUCACUAACAUGUUUUAUGGUGUGAAAAAUUGUAGAUUAAAAAUGUAUAUCACUUAACAGUGAAUUAUUAUGUCCUGCGGCGUGUCAGAUCUUAUCGAUCUUGUGAAUAUUGUUAUUGUAAAUUACUGGGGGUUUUUGUCUUACCGCUUAAUGUGAACCUAUUGUGUAAAUCAAUAUUAUUAUACUGGCGUAUGUCUCCAUGAAUCCAUGCUGCUUCAGAGAAUCUCUUACAACGUCUUCAUUUUGCCAAUGACGUAAAGGGGCUUCCUCCCACCAUUACAGUCGGUGCAUAAUUGUAUGACAAAAUAAUAUGAAAAUUACACAUAAAUAAGCUUAGAAGGUAGCACUGGUGAUGUUUCACUGUGCGAGCUUGUAUUUUGUCUUUCUCUGUCCCAACAUCGUUUUUUUCUCUUAGAAAGGCAUAAUAGUGUACCUAAUUGGUAUCUUAUAUUUCGAAUGUAAAUGAUGAAAUGAGAUUGAAAUGCAUAAUUCCUUGCAAUAUGUCAUUGUUACUUUUGCUCCUUGCGCAAUAAACCAUUCGGUUUCAUUUGUUCUUUGGUUGUCAGUAACAGUUCUUGACAUUUUAAGAUCUAACAGUUACUUUAUAGAGCAGGAAGCGAAAAGAUCUUGUAAUAUCAUACCACGAUGCUACUUCUCCGCCAUGCUCCGCCAGACACCACUUUAUUUUUACUUCUGGAAAAAGGAGUAUGUGUGUGUGUGGAAGGGGGGGGGGAGGGUUAAUCUUGAUAAUUUUUAUGGUUUGCUGGCUCAGACAAAACUCUCUCGAUGCUGCAACUGAAGGUCUAAACACAGAACUGUUGUACGCGUUAUUUGUUCUGGUUUAUAUUCGCGCUAAAAAAAGAACAACAGUUUUUUAACAAACAAAUUAAAGUUAUUCUAAUGUGAACCUGUCUCACGGAAAUGGGUGUCCAAAAAUGGCGAAGUUAUAACAAAGAGCCGUGAUUGUGCGUCAUGCCUCAACUCUUGUCGUCAACCUUACAUAUAAUGUUUAUUAACAAUAAUCUUAAGUUUAUGGUUAUCGCAAGAAGGACAAGGAACUACAGAAUUGACAUCAAGCACUUUUCCCCAAUGCUGAUACUUUUCCUGACCAAUAUGAGCUUGGCAUACUUUUUCGCCUUAAAUACGUGGAUAAAACUUACAUUUCAAUCUGUGUUCUUCCUCAUUAUUGCUGGAGCGCCUUGGUUCUUUGCACACACACACACACACACACACACACACACACACACACACACACACACACAACACACACACACACACACACACACACAACACACACACACACUCUCUCUCACACACACACAAACAAACAAACAAACAAAUACACACUACUGUAUAACGAAUGAAGGCAAAGAUCCCUUUUUUAUGGUUCACCAGUUUUUGGAGUUUUUUUCUCUUUUCUUUGUUUUGUUCGUCAUGCAGACGCCAAUGUUUCCCAUUCCCGUACCUCUGCUCAGUGGUGCCACUCUAGCUCAACGGCCCCUUGCUCCUUACAAAUUCCAGUGAAGCUCAAAACUUUUAUUUCCUUUCACAAGCUUCACCUUCAUCAAUCCACUAGAGUGAGAACUUACUGAAAACUGCUAUAGAGCUACAUCAUGGCCUAUUUUUUGCAAUACGCGGAGGAAAUUUUAAUUCUCUGUCGCUAGCUUUUUUAUGGAAGUGUCAAGAAACUUGAGGUACAAGAGCCUUGGUUAAAUAAUUGUGAACUCUUUGGUUUCGACCUCUAGAGUUGUCUGUACAACUAUACGUUCUUACUUUAAUAUGUUAUUUAAACAUUGCAGAGAAGAAAUGUGUUUUUACCUACCAGCCAUAUACAAUCACUAUAGCGUGUUCACUUGAACCUGUCCGCGUUAAAAGCAAAUAGUAGCUUGCCAAUAAGCAUAAAGCCGUGUGUUUCACGCGUGUAGACCAAGGACCUAACAACUUUUUAAAAAAAA